AUGGCCACACCAACAUUCGAUCUCGGAACAUCUUCAGAGCCAAUUCAUGUUUCCGGGGUCGCUUUGGCCGUCAUCAUCACAUUCAGCGUAGUCAGCUUGGUCGCUCUCGCAAUAGCUCUAUGGAUCUUGUUUCGCUUCACCUGCUCGAGUCGUGGAAGAAGGUCAGGUUACGCAAUCAGAGAUGGAAGGAACGAGCAUACGCAAUGGUGGAAGCAUGCCAAUCCACCCAUCGACUCUGACAAGUCGUCUGAGAUGUCCUACAUGGGCAUCAUACCUGCUCCCGAGCUGGCUUCAGAAGAGGGAAGGCUGAGAAGUCGAUACACUGGAGAGAAGAGUGCUUAG